AUGGGGGUGACGUUCACAACGUGGGUGGAAGCCACCUACUGCACCGUGGCGCCCACCGCCAUCAUUCCCGGCACGUGGAACGGCGUGCUCUGCAACUCGGGCGGCAGAGUCGUCAGCCUGCAACUGGCCAACAACAAGCUCAAGGGCACGCUGCCGCUCGCAGUCUCCGGCCUCAAUGCACUCACUGCCAUCGACCUCACCUCCAACCUCCUUCAGGGCCGUCUGGACGAAGUUGCCACGCAGCUGCGCCUGCUCACCAACCUCAAGUCCAUCGAUCUCGCCUACAACUGGCUCUCCGGCUCGGUGCCUGCGUUCAUGCUCACCCUCCCUGGCCUCACGGAACUCACGAUUGGCUACAACUAUCUGACGGGAGCGCUGCCGAACGUGACAUCGCCGCUGGCAGUGGUGGACGUGCAGUUCAACUUCCUCGCCGGCACCUUCCCCACGCUCAACCUCACCCUCUGCGCCGCGCGCAUGAACUGCUUCCUCGACGCCACCAAGUGCAAGAACCCCAACCGCGCCUCCGAGCUCCCGCGGGCCACCACAGCGUGCGCCAUCUGCAACACGACCAACGCGCAGGGGCGGCUGUGCAGCGGCGGGCUGUGCACCGUCAACGCCACGGACCUGGUGGCACUCGGCGCUCCCAACAGCGCCGCGUCGCCCUCCCUGCCGCUCAUCUGCGUGGGCGCGGCGUUUGUGGCGAUGGACUCGGUGCAAGCGGGCGCCAUGCUGAACCUCAAGGCGUCGCUGGGCGUCACUUUCACCGACUGGAAGGCCGACUCGCCCUGCUCCCUGCCUGGUGCCGUUGCUGCUGGGUCGUGGAGUGGGGUUACCUGUGACUCCACCGGCAAAGUGCUGGGCAUAGUGCUGAGUUCCCAGAAGCUGGCGGGCAGCAUCCACUCCGACAUCUCCAAGCUUUCCAUGCUCACCUCACUGGACCUGCAGUCCAACCUGCUGCAGGGGCGCCUGGACUCCUUCACUGCCAGCAUCAAGACACCCCUCGUGCUCAAGGAGCUCGCUCUGCAGUUCAACUACCUCAUCGGUCCAUUCCCCUCCGCGCUACUCGCCCUCUCCACUCUCUCAAAACUCUCCGUGGCCUACAACUACCUCACGGGUCCCUUCCCCACCGUGCCAGCAUCCGCCAAGUCGCUGGACGUGCAGGGAAACUUCCUGUCGGGUUCCUUCCCCACCAACGCGCUCACCUACUGCGCCGCCACCACCAACUGCCUCACCGACGCCAACAACUGCGCCUCCCUCGGCAUCACGCAGCGCACCGCUGCAGACUGUGCCAUCUGCGGCACCCCCUUUGGCCAGGGCACGCUGUGCGGCGGCGUCACCUGCCUUGUCAACACCACCGACAUUACGGCACCUCCCACUGCGUCGUCUCCCGCUCGCAAUCUCUACUGCACGCCAGUUGCUUUGGACACCAACACCACCACAACGCUGCUGGCGCUGAAGACGGUGCUGGGAGUGACGGCCACGGACUGGAGUGCAACGACGGUGGUGCUGCAGCCCAAGGCGCUGAAGAGCAGCAGCGUGCCCCUCGCCACCACUGUGGGCGCCUGCACCGUCGAGGGGCAGACCCCUGCUCCCGGCUCCUGGACCGGCGUCUUCUGUAACACCGCCGGCGCCGUUGUUGCCCUGGUGCUGCCCAACCAGAAGCUGACUGGAAGCCUGUCGGCGGACGUCAGCAAGCUCACAGCUCUCACCGCUCUGGAUCUGAGUGCCAAUCUCUUUCAGCAGCGCUUGGAUGCGUUUGUUACACUCUUCAGCGCUCUCAAGACACUCAAGUCGCUCUCGCUGCAGUACAACUGGUUCUACAGCACCAUCCCCUCCUCCCUCCUCGCCCUGCCAGCCCUCUCCACCGU